CUAUCGGGUUGCAUCCCCAAGUAAGACUGGAGGGGGGGAGGGACCACCGAGUCUGCCCCUCAGUUUUCAGCCAAUGCCCUCAAUUGUGUCGAUAUAAUGCAGAGCUAGUUAUGGCUAUUGGGAUGUUUUCACAUAACGCUAAUGUUGACCAAUGCAUAUCGGCAGUUUGGUGGCCAACGGAAGCACCGACGGAUUUGAAGUCUACUUGAAAAAUAAUGGUAACGUUAUCCGUGCGACACCAAUAGGAGAUGUGCCAUGUAUGCUAGUCUGAGAUGAGAAUUAAACCCAGCUGCAACUUCCUGCUGGGCCUGUGCUCCUUGCUGGCCCUGGGAUUGCUCUACUACUGGUCAUGGAGGACCAACUCAGGAAGCUGGGGCCACAAUUCACUGUAUGACAGUCAAGGGUUCCUUCGGAAGCUGGAUGGUAGUCUGCCAUUGGAGCUGAUUUACAAAUACGGCAAUCUCAGCAAGGGAGCCUGUAAGCCUGGUUUUGCAGCUGCCAAGAUGACAGCCAUUUAUCCAAAGUUCACCAAACUGGCGCCCAUGUUCCUUGAUCCAAAUUACAAAAGAUUCUCCAAGAUUAAUCAUUAUUUGCCUCCGUUUGGUGUAAAAUCGCAAGAGAAACUCAUAGAUAUUCUUCUGGCAGCUACUCAGAGCUAUGGCCUUGGGGAAGAACUGGACAGUAUGAAAUGUAAGACAUGCAUCAUCGUAGGAAACGGAGGGAUCCUCACCGGCAAGUCUCUGGGACAGAGGAUUGAUGAGUUUGAUGUGGUGGUCAGGUUGAAUCAAGCCCCAGUGAAAGGCUUUGAGAAAGAUGUCGGCUCCAAGACCACCAUGAGGAUCGCCUAUCCAGAGGGGGCCAUCCAGAAGAUGGAUAGCUACGAGUCUGAGUCCCUGUUUGUCCUCUCGGCCUUUAAAGCUCUGGACUUCAGGUGGCUCUCAUACAUGGUUUUCAAGCAGAAACUGCGCAGCACUGAAGGGUUCUGGAAGUCGGUGGCCAUGUACAUUCCAAGAGACCCCAGCAGCAUGCGCAUCCUAAACCCCUACUUUAUCCUGGAGGCCGCCUUCAAGUUGAUUGGUUUACCUUACAACAAUGGACAGAUGGGCAGAGGGAAUAUCCCGACCCUGGGGACAGUUGCCAUAACGAUGGCCCUUCAUAACUGUGAUGAAGUAGCUGUAGCUGGAUUUGGUUACAAUAUGAACACCCCCGAUGCCCCUCUGCACUACUAUGAUCAGCACAUCAGGAUGUCGGCCAUCAAAGAGUCCUGGACUCACAACAUAUCGAAAGAGAAGGAGUUCCUGCUGAAGCUGGUCAAGGCUGGAGUCAUCCAGGACUGGACCAAUGGCAUCUGUGGUGCAGGAUGCUGAUGGUCUGCACUCAGGAUGCAGCACUGCGUUCACCUUCCCCUGCUCCAGCGAACGAAGAGGGGGGCCGAAAGGCUGGGUGGGCCACGGUCCCAGCAGAGAGCACACUGCUCUCUGAGACACUGUGUGUAUAUGAGGCUUAUUGAGCGGAACACUCUGCCCCAGUGUCACAUAUUAAAGUAUUGCAAGCCUCUGUAUUUAGCUUUUCCAGGGUGCAGGUUAGUGUAUAUUUACAUGGUUUAGUGCCACGGUUCAGGGGUACGUCCGCAGUGUUUUAGCAAUCAAAGCAGCACCUAGACCUGGCUGCCCUCCUGCUGUAACUGUUGCAGGCUGCGGAGAGGAGGAGAGGAUAAAGAUGUUGGGUUUAAACUUUGAUCCUGUGCCAAGAAUACCUCUAGAAGUGUCCUUCUGCUCGCACAUCUGAAUGUAAUCCGCAAUACACGUAUAGCCUCUUAUUUAUAUCUUCCGGUUUCUGUGGUAAACAGGGUGCACACUACAUUACACAUGACUCAGCCGUCCUGGACCAGUCUCUGACAUCUGUGGGUAAACCCAUUCUGUUAAAGCGACAUGGCAAUUAUCGGAGCUUUAGUUGAGUCGGUAUAAAACAGGAACAAGUGCUGCCUCAGCAUGGACAUCACACUCAAAGGCAAAGUCCGGCGUACUGACCAGACCAGGGCUUCUAAGACGUUUUACUCAAAAGUCAGUAUCUGGUCUGCAACGA